AUGGAUCAAACAACGUUAAAAAGGCUUGAAGAGUUCCAAACCGAACGGCGAUAUUACGAUGCUUUGCAGUAUUGCCGAACGAAAGUGACAAGAAGUUUCCGUUUGGCGAAUGGCGUUGAAAAAGCGAUUCCGCUAACAUUUUACGCCGUCGAUUAUUUUCUAACCGAGAAGGAGUACGAAUGCGCAAUUGAUAUCGCGAAUUUGCUAAUUGAAAGUAUUUCCAAGAACAAUGUGCCAAUGUCAGAUAGUAUCUUUAGCGCUGUUGCAAAGAUUGCCCAAAAAUUCGCCGAAAUUCAGGAAAAUGAACAAAACGAAAAGAUUCUGCAAGCUGCUCGUCGACGAUUUGUCGACAGCGCGUUCGCGUGGACAAAAGCGCAGGCCACAGAAAGUCAAGAUGCCAAAUUCGGCUCAUCCCGCCUUCACUAUUUCCUUGCCAACCGAUAUCUCGAAUCGAAUCAACUCGAAUUGGCACGAAAUCAUUUUUUGCUCGCUGAUCGACCGGUCGAGUUUGCAAAAUUUUUGUUGGCGAUUUGGAAAGAGCACGGACUCGAAUCGGAAUUCGAUUUGAUCAUCGUGCAAGCUGUUCUCCAGCUUUUGUGCAUUGAUCGGUACACAGUGGCUCAGGAAUUGUUCGAGGAAUACAUUAAAGCUUCGGGAAGCGGAGAUUAUCCGUACAAAUUGCCGCUUCUCAAUUUUUUGAACAUUUUACUCGACGUAAUAUCAACAGUAAACACUAGUCAAUUUUCUGUAAUUGUUGAAUGUUAUAUGAACGAAAUUUCAAGAGAUCCAACGUUCCGAGGAUAUUUGAACAAAAUUGGCAAAAUGUAUUUCAACAUUCGUGAACAGAAUUGCGCCGGCGGUGGUGGAUUGGCUGGAUUGCUUCAAGGACUUCUUGGUGGAGAAACGAAAAAUGAAUCAGCUACGUCGCAUCUGAAAGCAGUUAAAUCGAAAACCACUCCAGCGCCGACUCAAUUCAAGCAGCCUGAGCCAGUUCAAGCUUCUAGACCGACAACGGCAAGCAGCACGAGAAGCGCAAUGGAUGUGGAUGAUCUUGAUUAA